ACUAGUAACGAUGACAACUUUUGGGAAGAUUGGAUUGAACAUGAUUCCAUUCUUAAAGAUAUUAAUGAGGUGGAAAAACGAUGUAAUUCACAAAAACCAAAUUUAAAUACGACUUCAGAUUCCGUAGUUUCAUUAAGAGGUGCUAUGUUAUUAACGGCACAUAAAGAAAAGGAUUCCCCUAAUGAAAAUGAGUCAGUACCUCAUAAUUCCUCAAACCAUUCGGAAAAUGAAUUCAAAAUUCCAAAUACACAAGCUUUGAAAAAAAAAUCAAAUACAUCGCUGCCAAAUAAUAGUUCACCGUCUCACCCAAAAGCAAAACGAUUAAGAAAUUUAAAUGAAACUACCAAUGGAGGCCAACUUUUAUUUCAAAGUGCUUCAAAGCUUUAUGAUAAUGAUAAAAUUAUCAAAGAUAACAUUUUAGUUAUGGAAAAAGAAUUAUUAGGGGAAUCAUUAUCGGAGCAAAGAAGAAAUCACGAUAUUUCUAUUUUGGACAAACAUAAUACAACUCUAAUGUGUGAAUUAAAUGGUCUUUUUGGUAAUAAUUUGAAGAAUGCUGUUGAACAAGACUUUAGUCGUAUUGAAGAUACUAUUCACUCUAUUCCAGAGUAUAUACCAAUACCAGAAAAGGGUAAUGCGAGUGCAUUCAAUGAAAGUUCUUAUAAUUUUAAUUUGACAAACGACACUUUCGCGAAAACAAUUAAAAACAACAAUAAUUGUCCAAAUAACACUCUACGAACCAAUGGAAUAUCAUCACAAUCAUUUGACAGUGCUUUUAAUAAUUUACCGUCAACUUUAACUCUGAAUGGAUUUAAAAAUAUGGGUCCUUUUUAUGGCUUACCUCUAAAAGUAAAAGAAUUGCUUGCUAGUGCCAAAGGAAUAGAUGAAUUAUAUGAUUGGCAGGAUGAAUGCUUAAAUUUGCCAGCAUUAAAACAACGUAAAAAUUUAAUAUACGCCUUACCUACAAGCGGUGGUAAAACUUUGGUGGCAGAAAUUCUUUUAUUUCAAGAAAUUGUCUGUAGAAAUAAAAAUGUUUUAUUUAUUUUACCUUAUGUCUCGAUUGUUCAAGAAAAGAUUUGGGCAUUAGCACCAUUCCAAAUUGCAUUAGAUUUUCUUGUUGAAGAAUAUGCGGGUAGUAAAGGGAAAUAUCCACCAAGACAACGUCGUAACAAGCGAUGUGUAUAUGUCGCAACUAUAGAGAAAGCAUCGAAUCUUAUUUAUAGUUUGUAUGAAAAUGGCCGUAUUAAAGAAUUAGGUUUGAUAAUUGUAGAUGAAAUACAUUUACUUGGUGAAUCUCGUCGUGGUUGCGUCUUGGAAACAUUAUUAUCUAUUGUCCUAUAUUUGAAAGAGAAUAUACAAAUAAUCGGAAUGAGUGCCACAAUUGGAAAUUUAAAUGACUUAUGUCAAUUUUUAAAUGCUGAAGUCUACACCCGAAAUUUUCGGCCAGUAGAAUUAACUGAAUAUUUUAAAUGUAAUAAUAAAAUUUUCAAAAUUGAAUAUAAUGCUGAAAAAAUGGUGCAAUUUGCAAGAAAUAUGGAAAAUUCUUCAGAGAUUGCAAAUAAACUAGAUCCAGAUCAUAUUGGAAUACUAGUCCAAGAGAUUAUAUAUGAAACUUCUUGUUUAAUAUUUUGUCCGACUAAGAAAAAUUGUGAAAAUGUUGCCGUACUUUUAACUGAGGUUUUAAAUAAGAAUAUUUUGGAUCUUCAUCAAAAGGAACGGCAUCAAUUAUGCUCAAUCAUGCAAAACGAUGGACGUUUAUGCCCCAUUUUAAAGAAGACUCUUCCAUACGGUAUCGCGUAUCAUCAUUCUGGAUUAACUAGUGAAGAGCGUGUUCUCAUUGAGGAUGCAUUUCGAUCUGGUGUUAUUAAUGUGAUUUGUUGUACAUCAACAUUAGCAGCUGGCGUUAAUCUUCCAGCACAACGAGUAAUUUUACGAUCGCCGUAUGUAGGAUCCGAAUUUAUAUCUCUCUCAAAGUAUAAACAAAUGAUUGGACGAGCAGGACGAGCCGGCUUUGGUGAGAUGGGUGAAAGUUAUCUAAUUUGUGCACGAAAAGAUAUUACAAGAUUACAAAAGUUAUUAGAAUCGUCUAUGGAACAUGCAUUGUCUACGUUACAUGAAAAUAAUAAUUUGGGUUUAAAGAAUUUUUUCCUAAGCGUAAUUGGUCUUGGAAUUGCAAAAAACCGAAAAGAAAUCAACGAAUUAAUGAAGUAUACUUUGUUAUCAGUGCAAAAAGAUAAAUUGAAUUUAAAUAUUAAACAAGUAGUCGAUUCGUCAAUUAAGUCCUUACUUGAACAACAAGUUGUCUAUGGAUUGCCGAAUCAACCUGAAAUGACGCCUUCAGACUCUAAAGUUGUAUUAACAUGUGACGAGGAAUUAGGAGUAACCCGACAAGGAAAAGCUGCCAUAAAGAGUGGUUUACAAGUUACCAAAGCCCAAAUGAUUUUUGCAGAUUUGAUUAUAGCACAAAGAAGUUUAGUAUUACUAAAUUCACUACAUCUUUUAUAUUUGGUUACACCUUAUGAUUUAGCCGAAUCAAUACGACCUGAAAGGGAUAUUUAUUAUGGUGCUUAUAAUAGUUUAGACAAGGAUGAAGUGGUAGCCGCAAGAGUGAUUGGAAUUACUGAAUAUUCUGCAAUUCGAAUAAUGCGAGGACAACCAUUACGAGAUUUACCAGAACGUGUGUAUAAAAGAUUUUAUUUAACAUUAAUGUUACUUGAAUUAUGGAAGGAGGUUCCUAUUUUUUUGGUUGCUGAAAAGUUUAAAGUUAAUCGUGGUUUUUUACAACAAUUGAUGACAUCAUCAGCAAGUUUUGCAUCAAAUUUAUUUCAUUUUUGUGAAAAUUUAGAGGAAUUUCGAUGUUUUUGUGCUUUAUUAGAUGAUUUAUCAAGCCGUUUAGUUCAUUGUUGUACACCAGAAUUAUUACCAUUAUUAGAACUGCCUCAUGUGAAAAAAUCGCGUGCCAAACAAUUAUUACAAGCUGGUUUCAAUAACUUACAAACAAUUGCAACAACUCAGCCGUUAACUUUAGUUAAAGCAAUACCCAAUUUGAGUACCAAAGUUGCAAUACAAAUGAUCAAUACAGCAAAGUUGAUUUUACUACAAAAAGUGGAAAAUUUACGUGAAGAUGCUCAAGAUUUGUUGGAGUUGAACGUUGAAGAUCAAAUAUCGUAGCUGUCUGCCA